AUGUUCACCCAGGCCCUCGUCAAGACCAUCCUACUCGCCGCAGUGGCAACAGCGGCCAGUCUUCCAGUCAGACAAACCACAAUACCCACCUUUCGCCUCGCGGCAAACGUGACCAACUUUGACCUCACACCCUCCAUCCAGGGCCAAGAGCUCUCCUACACCCCCAAUGCCGACUGUGAAGCCAACGCCAUAUUCGUGCCGGCCGGCCAGGGCGCUGAAUUCUACACCACUGGCAGCACCGUCGACGUCGCUCACUUCUCUGGUGACGAGGCCUCUUCCGCGGCUGGACUGAUCGUCACACCUGGCGGAACGGCUACGGUGCCCAGCUUAAACACUGUCCAGUUGCAGUGCCAGGCUGCGACAUCUGGUGUCACCGUCGCUGACGGAAGUCUGCAGUUCCAGGACGGGUUCUGGAUGGCAUGUCCUAGGAACGGCAGUGUUGCGUUGAGCUUCAAGGAAGCUGGACAGAGGACCCUCCUUGGGUGUGCUGAUGUCCAGCUUCUCAGCAUUUCGGACGACGUUUGA